AUGGACAGCAGUGACCCGUACCGGCGGCCGGCCCGCAGGACGCAGUGGGUGGUCAGCACGCUGGCCUACCACUACGGGCUGGACCGGGGCGUGGAGAACGAAAUAAUCGUGCUGGCCACGGGGUUGGAUCAGUACCUGCAGGAGAUUUUCCACCAUCUGGACUAUCACGGAGCCGGUCAAAUCCCUGUGGAGGAUUUUAAGGUGUUGUGUGAAGUUUUGGGUCUGCGCAGAGACCCGGACCACAGUGAGAGUGCGGGUGUUCCAGAAGCCCUGCCCAGCCUGCUGUCCUUCAGGCGCUUCCACGCUCUCCUCUGCGGCCACUUCAGCUCCAGGGCGGGCUGCCGGUACGAGGACGGCCGGCUGCUGGUGGGGAAGGACAGCCGGCACAUCGAGACCCAGAUCCGCCUGAGGAGCCCUCUGAAGCGGCGGGAGAGGCUCCCGUCCGCGGGGGGGGGCUGCGGCUGCCCCCCCUCCCCCGAGCAGCGGCACGCCCCCGGCUGCGGGGGCCCGGCCCCCGGCUGCAGGGGCCCGGCCCCCGGCUGCAGGGGCCCGGGCUCCUGCACCAAGGACUGCUACGAGGAGAUCGUGGCCCUGGAGGAGGCGGAGGACCGGGUGGGUAAACUGGAGGAUGAGAACGCCAGCCUGCGGGAGCUGAUAGAGGACAUGAGGGCGGCCCUCCAGAGCAGUGAUGCCCGCUGCCUGGCCCUGCAGGUAGGACUCUGGAAAAGUCCCUCCAAACAUAAACCAGAAGAAGGAUGUUUUAUUUCACAGUCAAGAGAAGCUGCCCAGAAAUGUCUUUCAAAUUCCAACCUCAACAGCAGCUCUAACAGCAACCUAAAGAGCUUACAGAACAUUCUCCAUGAGAUAGACCUGCUCCGCAGCUCCAGAGACCAGCAGGUGGAGGAGGCCAUGCAGUGUAAUCAGAGGCUGGAGCAGGAACUGUGGAGCUGCAGGGAGACGGUGGCUGCUCUGGAGGACUGUAACCGGUCUCUGAGGAGGGAGCAGGUGGCCAUGAGGAGGAAGGUGGAGGAAGCCAGACAGGCCCUGCUCAAUGGACUGGGCAAAGUGAGGGAGCUGGAAGCAAAGGCCAGCCAGGUUACAGCUCUGCAGAGACACAUUCUCCAGCUGGAAUCAGAGCUCCUCCACUACAGGUCAGAAGUGUUAAAGCCGCCCCCCCCCGGCAGCUCUGGGGCAGGGCAGCCGCGGGUCAGCAGCAGGCCUACUCAGAGGGGCUGCCUGGACACCCAACAGGACCGCCGCUCACCCACAGGCCGCGCUGUGACCACCCCGGUGGAGGAGCAGCUGUUCCGGUCAGUAGAGGGUCAGGCAGCUUCAGAUGAAGAAGAGGAGAAGUGGAGUGGACAUCAGCAGAGGCAGGUGGAGGAGGUGAAGAGCAUCCUGAGCAGGCUCUCGUGUUGUGGUCAAAGGUGCGAUGACAAGGCCUUUAAAAAGCUGGUGUCUGGGUUUGGAUGCUCCAGGAGUGCAGAGAGCUGCAGCGCUGUGGUGCAGCUCCUGGAGCGGCUGACCGGCGUCCAGAGGCAGCUGGAGCUGGAGGAGAGCCGGGCGCAGCUGGACCUGGACCAGGUGACCGGUUCCCUCGUGCAGGAGCUCCAGCAGGAGGCUGGGCAGACAGAGCUGCUGCAGGAGGAGCUGCAGACAGAGAGGAUGCGUCUGUCUGUGGUGGAGGAGAAGCUCGCUGACAUCCUGCAGCUCCUGCAGCAGCUCAGAGAGCUGAAUGUCUCACGGAGGUCUCUUGGGAAAAUCUUGCUCAGCACUUUGGAGUCUGGCAGCGACCCGCAGCAUGGCAAAGCCCACAUUCUGGAGGUGCUAAAUGCCCUCUAUCAUGAACUGGCUGCUUGUGACAUUCUGUCUAGUGGUGGCCCUCUAGAGAAGACCCGGAGUCAGCAGUCCCUCAGCGCCCUCCACAUCUCCUGCUGAACAAGCCUGCCUCCUGCUGGGCCCACAAACCGGAGUGCUUUUGCUGAAUCAGUGAUCAAUCCAGCUAACUCAUAUGUAUAGUUCAUUGUAAUGUAGCUGAUAUACUCAAACUGUAUUACCUUUUAAAGACGUGGUAGUCCAAACAUUUUAUUGCAAAGAAAUUUGUUACAUGUAAAAAAAAAUCUUGCCUAUUCAUGUUUUGUCAAUAUAAGCUUUUUUUUUUUAUAAUAUCUGUUAGCCAGGCUAUUUGCCAUCAAAAGAUUAAAUUAUAUAUAACAGAACAACCAAACAUGGAAAUACAUUUUCAUUCAGUUAUAAUUUGUGAAUUAUACUGUUGAUGGAUGUCAGUAAUUGUAGAGCUGUAAAUGUUAGAUUACACGCGAUAAAAAUGCGACUGUCUUUUUACGCUGUGGCAGUGUUUUUCACGUUUAUUUCGGUACAACACCAAUUAGCCGUUACUACUUCAUGAGAAGAAACUGCGGAUGUAUCAGUGUGAAACUUCAGUCAUACAGACAUAUGGCGACGUGUAUGACGGGAUAAGAAUGAUGUUUACAUGUUGUUUAAUGUUGGUAUUAUUACAUCUUCGAUCUUUUGUUCUGACAGCCAUUUGCCACAGUUUAGAAUUAAUUAAAGCAGG